GCUGGUGAGUCGGUCGCGGGAGUAGUCCCCGGCGCCUGAGAGGAGGACGAGGAGGGUGUGGGCAUGAACGUGGCAGAGGGGGACACCCUGAUAUCAGUGGAUCAUGAAAUUUUUGGGAAGGUCCAAGGGGUGUUUUUCCACAAGUACACUCAGGCUGAGGGAAAAAAGCUGGGAUUAGUUGGCUGGGUCCAGAACACCGAUGAGGGCACCGUGCAAGGACAGUUGCAAGGUCCCAUCUCCAAAGUGCGUCAUAUGCAGGAAUGGCUUGAGACAAAAGGAAGUCCCAAAUCACACAUCGACAGAGCAAACUUCAGGAAUGAGAAAGUCAUAGUAAAGUUGGAUUACUCAGAUUUCCAGAUUGUGAAACAAUGGCUUGAAUUUAAAUUUUCUAAGAUAAAUUCACUGGUUUUGUUUUUAUUGUUAAUAUAGAUCUAGUCUGUGUUCAGUAUUAGAUUUGGUCAGUAAGUUAUGUUAGUAUCAGAUAUUUGAAUUUUACUUUAUAUUAUAUGUAUGAUAGAUGACCAACUCUACACAAUUCUAAAUAAAUAAAAAUGCAUUAGAA